AAGCUCUGAAGUUCCUUUGCCUCCUCCAGUUUUGAUCUACGACACAAAAACGCGAGUGUGAAUUACAUUUAUAAUUUAUACUUUAAACCAGAUGGCAAGUUAAGUCGCAAGAACCGUGGGGAAUAUACAACACAGUCUGGGAAAUGGGUAUCCACGUGCUGAAUUCCACUGGCCAUCUUGUAACACAGGAAUCCAAAGCCUUGGGAUACAAAAUCUUCCCUGGAUAGUUCCUGGAAGAACCAUGUUUGUGCAAACACAGGACACACCAAAUCCAAACAGUCUAAAGUUCCUCCCCGGACGCGCAGUCCUUGAUUCAGGAACAAUGAAUUUUGCUGGCCCUCAUGAUGCAUACUGUUCACCGUUAGCCAGACAGCUCUUUAGAAUAGAUGGUGUAAAAAGUGUUUUCUUUGGCCCGGAUUUUAUCACCAUAACAAAGGCUGGUGCUGAAAUGGAAUGGAAAGUCAUUAAGCCUGAUGUAUUUGCCACCAUUAUGGAUUUUUUCACAUCAGGACUCCCAGUGGUCAAUGAUGACAGCAAGCCAAAUCCCGAUACAGCACCAUCAGAUGAAGAUGAUGAAGUUGUUGCUAUGAUUAAAGAGUUGCUGGAUACUAGAAUAAGGCCCACAGUGCAGGAAGAUGGAGGGGAUGUUAUCUUUCGGGGGUUUGAGGAUGGGGUUGUUAAACUGAAGCUACAGGGUUCCUGCACAAGUUGCCCCAGUUCUAUUGUUACUUUGAAGAGUGGCAUCCAAAACAUGCUGCAGUUUUAUAUCCCAGAGGUUGACGCUGUGGAGCAGGUAAAAGAUGAAGAUGAGCAGGCCGCUGAAGUUUAAAUCAUGUUGCAACAUCUUCAGCCAACACAUUCUUCCUUAUCGGUGGAGUCAAAUGACAUAAAAAGAACAUAGUGAACUAUAUCUUUGUUUUUCAAGACUAACUGUGGAAAUUCAUCUAUUUUCUUCAAAGCAUACUGUCGAAAAUAUAUUUGACUUUUUUACUUACAAGAAAAAACACACAAGUUUCACUUCAACCUAGUUUUUGUUUCUCAAAUGCAAAAAGUUUAAAAAUAAUACAGAAUUAAAUAUUUAUUAUGAUUAAACCGC